CAGAAAGCACUAGAAUCAAGUGCCAUUUAGCAACACCAUCUCCAAUACUAUGUACGGUGCCAUGCAAUUAACUUCUAAAAUGUCUGUUCAAGUUUCAGCAGUAGCUGCUCCAACAGCUCAGAAUCAUGUUAUGCCAGAAAUUAACCGUCGCUCAGCAAAUUUUCAGCCCAGCAUUUGGGGUGACCAUUUCCUCUCAUAUGCAUCUGAAUUCCUGGAAACGUCUGAUGUGAAAAUCAUGAGGCAACAAAUUGAGGAAUUGAAGGAAAAUGUGAGGACGAUGCUCACGGCUACGGUUGAGAAGCCUUCACAAAAACUGAACUUGGUUGAUGCUAUUCAGCGCUUAGGCGUGUCUUACCAUUUUGAUAAUGAGAUUCAAGCAAUCCAGCAACAACUGCAGAAGACUCAUGAAAGUGAUGACCCUGAAUAUAAACAUGACCUCUACACUGUUGCCCUGCUGUUUCGACUACUUAGACAAGACGGCUAUUACGUUUCGUGCGAUAUGUUCAACAAGUUCAAGGACAGCAAAGGGAAUUUUAAGGGAUCGCUUUGCAAUGAUGUGAAAGGAAUUUUAAGCUUGUAUGAAGCCACACAUCUCAGGGUAAAAGGUGAAGAUAUAUUGGAUGAGGCUCUUGUCUUCACUACCACACAUCUUGAGUCUGUAGCAUCCCAAUUAAGCAGGCCUCUAGCAGCACAAGUGACCCAUGCCUUGAAACAGCCUAUCCGGAAAGGACUACAAAGGCUAGAGGCAAGGCAUUACUUUUCUGUAUACCAAGAAGACGCUUCACAUGAUAAAGUUCUUCUUAAGUUUGCAAAGUUGGAUUUCAACCUCUUGCAGAAAGUGCACCAGAAAGAACUUUCUGAGAUUGCCAGCUGGUGGAAAGACUUGGACUUUCCAAGGAAGCUACCCUUUAUCAGAGACCGGGUGGUUGAGUGCUAUUUUUGGAUACUAGGAGUGUACUUUGAGCCCCAAUAUGGCUUUGCUAGGAGGAUGCUAACCAAAGUGAUCUCCAUGACCUCUGUUUUUGAUGAUAUCUAUGAUGUGUAUGGUACAAUUGAAGAACUUGACCUCUUUACUGAAGCAAUUGAGAGGUUGAGAUUAAAGACACAUCCUGAUCAUAUUUGCAUUUGUUCUUUAUUUUUUUUUCUGAUUAACUGGACAAACUACCGAUCUUACAGGUGGGAUAUGAGUGCCGCAGAUAAACUCCCGGAGUACAUGAAAAUGAGUUACCAGGCACUCCUAGACGUUUACACUGAAAUGGAGCAAAACCUAGGUGAAGAAAAAUCGUUUCGUGUCCAGUAUGCAAUAGAAGCAAUGAAGAAACAAGUUAGAGCAUACCACCAAGAAGCCAAAUGGUUCCACCAGAAAUACAUACCAACAAUGGACGAAUAUAUGCCCGUUGCUCUUACAUCCUCCAACUACGCAAUGUUAGCAACCACAUCCUUAGUCGGAAUGGGAGAACUUGUCACAAAGGAUUGCUUCGAAUGGUUGUUCAGUAACCCUAAAAUGGUCACAGCUUCAGAAGUGGUUGGCAGACUCAUGGAUGACAUCGUGUCACACACGUUUGAGCAAAAGAGAGGGCACGUUGCUUCGGCUGUUGAAUGCUACAUGACACAGCACGGUGUUACAGAAGAAGAAGCAGUCCAUAAAUUGAGGAAACAAGUGACAGAUGCAUGGAAGGAUAUAAACAAAGAGUGCCUCUACCCAACCGAAGUCCCCAUGCCAAUUCUCAUCCGAGUUCUCAACCUUGCACGUGUCAGUGAUGUCGUGUAUAAGGACGAAGAUGGCUACACACAUGCUGGAAUUGUGCUCAAAGAUUUUAUAGCGUCUUUAAUGGUGGAUCCUGUGCCCUUAUAAUAAGCUGCAUGGACGACUUCUGCAUCGGUGGUUGUCGAUCACAUUAAGGAAUAGUUGAUAAGAUUACGUUUACGUGUUAAAAAAGAAAAAGAAAACGGCCCUAGCUAUAUAAUAAAUUAAUAAGUUUAGCAGAUUGCUCGACACAUGCGUGAUCUAAAUAUAUAACAAGCUCGGGGCCGGGAGACCAUAGAAAAUACGAAAAUUUUCUGUCUCUUUCUUCUUAUAUAUAUUCUGA